ACUGCGCUGAUCUGUUUCCCUCCAUCGAUGCUGUUCUAAAGUUUCAUUAUUUAAUGUCUGAACUCAGUAUUAAAACUGCACUUUAACUCUCAACAACUUCUUCUGAAUUCGUAAACGAUUCCUCGUUCAUCUAAGCUAAGACAUUGUGAGCAGAGAGAGCAGGAAACACGACAUAUGCAGGGACUAUAGCAACGCAAGAUGUUCAACAAGUCGUUUGGUACUCCCUUUGGGGGAGGAACAGGAGGAUUUGGGACUUCGUCCACAUUUGGACAACAAAACGCAGGGUUUGGAGCGACUGGUGGUUUUGGUGCCUCUGCUUUCGGGACAACAAACAACACUGGAGGUCUUUUUGGAGGAGCACAAAACAAACCUAGUGGGCUCUUUGGGUCCAACACAUUUAGUCAACCUGUCACCUCUUCAACCAGCAGUGGGUUUGGGUUUGGUGCUACAAGUGGUACCUCCAACAGCCUCUUUGGAACUACCAACACACCAGGUGGAGGUCUUUUCUCCCAGCCGAACAAUGCAUUUGGAGCCAACAAACCAACCUCAUUUGGGACCUUUGGUACUAGUACCAGCAGUGGUGGCCUGUUUGGCAAUACCAACACCACCACCAAUCCAUUCGGCAGUACCUCGGGGUCCCUGUUUGGCACAUCAAGCUUUACUGCCACCCAGCCUGGCACAACCAUUAAAUUUAAUCCACCAAGUGGGACCGACACAAUGGUAAAAAGUGGCGUGACCACCAACAUCAACACCAAACAUCAAUGCAUUACAGCCAUGAAGGAGUAUGAAAGCAAAUCCUUAGAGGAACUGAGGUUAGAGGACUACCAGGCAGGCAGAAAGGGUCCCUCCAACCCAAUGGCAGCCAACACGGGCAGUCUGUUUGGGGUUACACCAGCAGCGACUGCCAGCACUGCUACCGGCCUGUUUGGCUCCUCAGGUGGCGGCUUCAGCUUCAACCAGAAUAAGACCUCCUUUAACACUGGUACAGGAGGCUUUGGUACAAGCACUGGUGGUUUGUUUGGCCAGCCGCAACCGCAGCAGCAGCAGCAGCAGCAGCAGCAGCAGCAGCAGCAGCAGCAAGCUAAUAGUCACUUUAAGCCAUUUGGUCAGGCCACCACAACGCAGAACACUGGCUUUUCCUUCGGUGGCAUAAACACCAUGGGUCAGGCCAACACCAGCAGCAUGGGCCUGUUCGGGAACACUGCUGCCUCACAGGCAGGGGGACUGUUUGGAAACACAGCCAAUACAAGCACAGCCACAGGUUUCGGCACAGGCACUGGGCUGUUUGGGCAGCCCAACGCUGGCUUUGGGAAUGUGGGUACACAGAACCUGUUUGGUAAUAAGCCCGCUGGGUUUGGUACCACCACAACCAGUGCUCCCUCAUUUGGCACAGGCACUGGCCUGUUUGGCAACAAGCCCACACUCACUCUGGGCGCUAACACAAACACUUCCACCUUUGGUUUUGGAGCAAAUACUACUGGAGGUCUGUUUGGAAACAAAACUGGCCCUGGCACAAUUGGAACAGGUCUCGGAGCAGGUUUUGGAGCAGGUGUUGGCACAGGGCAAACAUCUCUGUUUGGAAAUAAUCAGAACAAGCUGGGCUCUGGUCUGGGCACAACAGGGAUAUAUGGGGCUCCAAGCUUCAACACAGGAUCCAGCGCACUGAAUUUUGGCGCACCGCAGCAACCUGUCGCCCUGACUGAUCCCAAUGCUGUGGCCCAGCAAGCUGUGCUACAACAGCAAAUCAGUGCCCUUGCCUAUGCACCUUUUGGAGAUUCACCUCUUUUUAGAAACCCGCUUUCUGACCCCAAGAAGAAAGAGGAGCGUCUGAAGCCUACAAAUCCAGCUGCCCAGAAAGCCCUGACAACCCCGACACAUUAUAAACUGACCCCUCGUCCUGCCACACGUGUACGCCCAAAGGCUCUGACCUCUUCAGGCUCUUCAAAGUCUCAGCUCUUUGACGGCCUAGAUGAUGACGAGCCUUCUCUCACCAAUGGAGCUUUUAUGCCUAGGAAAAGCAUAAAGAAGCUGGUGUUGAAGAAUCUGAAUGGCAGCAGUCUGUAUGGCAGCCCACUAAAUCAGGAGGCUGAUGACUUGAACUCUCCUUCUGAAUACCCACAGAAUGGCCUCAGUCUCAGAUUAGAUGCAGAUGAAACUCAAGAUGUUGAGACAGAGGGUGGAGCAGAAGAUGAUCUGCAAGUCUCUAAGUUCUACACCAACCCAAUUGCUAAGCCAAUUCCACAUAACCAGCCUAGCCCUUCACUGCAAGAUACCAUCACUGAGCUGAACAUGAGGAAAGCCAAUGCCUGUAAUGGUCUGGAGCUCAGCAGUGAGGAGAUCUCUCUGGGAGAUGAUUCUGUUCAGGAAGACAGAGAUGAUGACCUUGAGGCCCAGAAGCCUCCUCAUCCUGCUGGUAUAGUUCUCACUAGAGUGGGCUACUACACCAUCCCUUCCAUGGAGGAGCUAGGAAAGAUGCUGAAUGAAAAUGGAGAGUGUAUUGUGGAGAACUUCACAGUUGGGAGGAAAGGCUACGGGUCAGUUUUCUUCCCUGGCAAGGUAAAUUUGACAGACUUGAAUCUGGAUGAAACCGUGCACUUCAGACGAAAGGAGGUAAUCAUCUACCCUGAUGACAAAGACAAACCAUCCGUCGGGGAGGGUCUCAACAGACGAGCAGAAGUGACUCUUGAUGGUGUUUGGCCAAAUGACAAAACAUCCUGUACUCCGAUCAAAAGUCCUCAGCGCCUGAGUGAGUUGAACUAUGAGGAACGACUAGAGAAUGCAUCCCGCAAGCAAGGUGCUCGCUUUCUGGAAUACAGACCUGAGACUGGCUCCUGGGUGUUUGAGGUGGCCCACUUCUCCAAAUACGGCCUGCAGGACUCUGAUGAGGAGGAGGAGGGUCCCCCAACUAAGACUGACCUGAAGAAACUCAAGAUGGCCCUUCCAGCUGGACUGCAGCAGAUUCCACUGUCCCAGCAGCAGCAAUUGGCGCCACAAGCCCAGAGUACAGCAGUGCUGGAGCUUCUGAGCCGCGUGUCGGAGCUGGACAGUGACAUGGCGGACUUUACUCAGGAGCCGCCAGCAGAUGGAUUGUUGUGUGAGGAGGAUGAGAGCGUGCUGGAGGAUGACACCAGGAUGGCUGUAAGAGCAGAAACACCUGCUGAACUUGAGCCCAUCUCUGCCUCCAGCCAGAUUGCCUCCUCGUUAGGGAUCAAUCCUCAUACCCUUCAGAUAAUGAAGGCAUCCUUGUUUAUGGGCGAUGAUGACUGUGACUUGUUCCAUGAGCAACUCCCUUCGAAAGUCUUGGAGGAAGUGGCAUCUCCCCGGGUGUUACUUGGUAAAUCCCAGGGCAGACUGUCAGUUGGUGGCCUUCUACAAAGCAAGUUCACCUCAGGUGGAGGCCUUUUUGGACAGCUGCCAGAGUUACCUUUUGGAACCAGCCCUCAGAAGCUAAGCAAGCCAGCAUUGCCAGAGUCCCCUUGGCCCUCGCUGGGCCCUUCAAUCCUUCUUCCUCCUCCAGUCCCAGAAGUCACACUAAAGACUGUGGGCGCACGCAGACUUGGGGGUCCAGUGCCUCUUGAGAACUCGAUAACCAUGGGCAAAGGCCGUCUGUUGAUGGAUUCAGCUCUCUACAUGGGUCGCUCAUUUAGGGUGGGCUGGGGGCCUAACUGGACACUGGUGCACUGUGGAGAUUCUCUCAGCACAGCACCAGAAUCAAAGGGACAAACCACAGACACCAUGGGCUUUGGCUUCUUGCCCAAACCUACAAAGAGCAGACAAAUUACUGAGAGCCCCUUUAAAGUUCACAUUGAACAGGUAGUAGGAAUGGAGCCCAAAAAGACGAAAGAGAGCCUGGCAGUGUACCAGCAGCCGCUUGAGAUUGAGCUCCAACACAGUUUUAUUAGCACAGAGGAAGUCUGCCCUUUCAUCUGUCCAGAGAAUGGAUUGGAUGCCCUGCAUGAUUACGCCAAGUGGAUUGUAGAGGCCAACAAUGAGACUGGACCUGAAAAUGUCCUACUUGGUCACUGGCAACAGGUGUGGCUGCUGUGUGCUGCUCUUUGGGGCCGACUGGGCAAUCAGGACCUGGAGGCAGAACAAGGUUGCAAGGCAUAUCAAGAACAGUUGGCACGAAGGCGAAGCUUUUCUCGCUGGUUAGCCGAAAGCGCUGCCUACCGCAUCCAGGAGGAAGUUUGUCAGGCUCAGGGACACAAUCAUGUCAGUGCCAUUUUUAGCUAUCUGACUGGCUGCUGCAUAAGUGAGGCCUGCAAACUAGCACAGAAAAGUGGAGACCAUCGUCUGUCCCUUAUGCUGUCCCAAGCAGCGGGCUCUCACUUAAGCAGAGACCUUUUGGGUCUGCAGUUGGCAGACUGGCACGGAAUGCAGACUGACUCGUUUAUUCAGGAGGAGAGACUGCGCAUUUUCACUUUGCUUGCAGGCAAACCUGUUUGGGAGUCAACAGACUGCUAUAUAAACGUGUGUUCUGAGCUGGACUGGAAGCGCUGUUUGGCUGUGCACUUGUGGUACAUGCUGCCUCCCACUGCUUCAGUGGCUGAUGCUCUUGCCAAAUACGAGGCUGCUUUUCAGAGCUUAGAGGAGGGAACAAACUAUGCUUGUGCACCCCUGCCUCCUUAUAUGGAUGACUUGGAGCUGCUGGGUAUGGAUGCAAUGGAAGACACAGAUUCUAAAAAAACUCUGUAUGACAUCUGCUUUCACCUGCUCAAACUGUACAGCGACAAGCACUAUAGCAUGCAGCAAUUGCUGGAUCCCAGCACAGUGACGGCCGACCGACUGGACUACAGACUGUGCUGGCACCUGUGGAAUGUGCUGCAGCAAUUAAAUUAUACUCAUCUGUCCGAGCCCUGCCAGGGCAUCCUGCAUGCCAGCUAUGCUGCACAGCUUGAGAGUGUGGGCUUGUGGGAGAAGGCAGUUUUUGUUCUGCUGCACAUCCCUGACCCAACACUUCGUGAGCAUGCUGUGCGAGAGAUGCUGAACCAGCAUUGCGUUCUGGACAACACUGAGGAAUCAACGGAGAAGGAGCACUUCCUCGUCAACAAGCUGCUCAUCCCUGUGCAGUGGAUCCAUAAAUCCAAGGCCAUUCGGGCACGCAGAGAAGGAGACAAACAUUUGGAAGCACUGCACCUCUUCAGGGCUGGUGAAUGGAAUCACUGCCACAGGCUCGUUAUCCAGCACCUGGCUUCAGACUGCAUCAUCAACGAUAAUCACAACUACCUGAUGGAGUUCUUGGAAGGUUUGGCAUUACCUGAGCGCAGUGCUCAGAUCCAGGACUGGGACACGUCAGGUCGCGUCUACAGGGACUACAUCCAUGUUAUUCAGACCCUUCAAGCCAUUCAGCAGAUGGACAGUCCAGGAUAUGAGCUGGAGCGACUACACAGUGAUGUAACAUCUUUGUGCAGCAGGAUUGAACUUCUUCCCUGUUCCAAAGCCAAAGACAGACUUGCCCAGUCAGAAGUGGCCAAGCGUUUGGCUAACAUCCUGCGGGUGGUGCUAAGUCUUCACCAGGGAACCCCCGACCUUCGUCAAAUCCCCCUGUGCCAUCUUGCACCCCACAUUGGACGCCUGCCUAUGCCUGAGGACUACGCUCUGGAAGAACUGCGCAGCCUUACCCAGUCUUAUUUGCGCGAGUAUAUCACCAGUCACUGAGAAGACGAGAACUUGCAUGACUUGGAGUCUAAUUCUCAACAACUUGGCUCUUAAGCCAAAAAGGCACAAAUCUACACAAUGAGUAAUAAACACGGUGUGUUUAUUUUGGAUGCUCAGAUAUGUCAGAGUGUGCUUUACUGAUUCAUUAUUACAUUUUAAGGAAUCUUCCUCAUGUUAUGGCUGCUGGUGAAGUCUUGCUUGCUAACCAUCUUGUUAAAAACUGGAUGUGAGAUAAAGCCCACAGCGGUCGCCAAUCUCGGAACUUUUAAUAAACAUCAUUUUGUUAGUUAGCUACAUCUCAGAUUUUAUAUGAAGUUUUUGGUCAGUGUUACAUCAACUGAUGGCCACACAAACCAUACAAUUAGGCAUGUUUUGCUUUAUGGAUGUGAUUCAAAGUUUAAUUUUGUUACAAGCUGGGUUCUUCUUGGGGAACCUUAUCCCAGUGAUUGUGCUCUCAGCACCAAACAUUGUUAAAUUAAUAAAAAUGUAAAUUGGCUUUGAAUAUCUUUAUUUUUGUAAUGUUUUGUACAUAUGCCAAUCAGCAAAACUGCAGUGCUUAUAGGUUUGUGUGUAACAAAACAAAAUUCUAGUGUGGCAAGACAUUAGCAUGUCAAGAGUUCAUUCAUUUAAUUUUAUACAAGUUAUUUUGCGCAAUCUGCCAAUAAUGUACUUUCACUUCAAUUGUAAGUUUUAAUUAUUUGCUUGGAUGUUAUUGGUCUGUGAUGCUUACUUUCUUAUGGCUGGUGUGGAGUGUGGAUGUCUGUUGUGUACUGCCAGUUUUGCUGAGCAUGGUUGUGUAAAAGACUUUUCUUAAGGUAGAAUAAAAUAAAAAUAUUG